AUAAUACCUCCCAAACUCUUCAUAUAUUCUCUUCUCUUCUCCAACUCCCAAUAUUAACCCUUCUCUCUUCAAUUCCGCGGAUUUCCAAUGGACGUUCUUGUCUAAAAUCUUAUAUUUCCAUCGAAAACAUUUUUAGAUUUUACGUGUUUUUAGUAAUGACACCCUUUUUAUCGCAAGAGAAAAAUACAUAUAUUAAUUUCUAGCUAGUAGUAACACUCUCCAAUAUUACAACGCGUGUUUUUAGUAGUGACACCCUCCAAACACGAGAAGAUCAAUACACGUGUUUUUAGUAGUGAUACCCUAAAAAUGUCUAGUCAUCACGAACAUACAUAUGAUAUUAAUACUGAAGAUGAAGAUGAAGAUGAAGAUGAAGAAGUAGAAGAAGAAGACGAGUACUCCCAUAGUGAGUGUAACAAAAGUAUUGAUCAUGAACCAUGUAAUGAUGGUCGUGGUGAUAGUCGUGAUGACAGAAAUAAUAAAGUUGGAUUAAACAUGAUAUUCUCAAGAAGUAAAUUGAUAGACCCUAGAGCACAAUGGGUUAAAGAAUGGAAUAGAGUUUUCUUAUUAGUAUGUGCAAUUGGUCUCUUUGUUGAUCCACUUUUUUUCUAUACAAUUUCUAUAAGUGAAAGUUGUAUGUGUCUUUUCGUCGAUGGGUGGUUUGCCGUCGCCGUGACGGUUUUACGGUGUAUCAACGAUGGUUUACAUGUAUGCAAUAUGUGGUUGCAAUACAAGAUGAUGAUAAAUAGAAGAACAAAUAAUAUACCAUACUUGAAGGCUAACAAAGGUUUCUUCUUUGAUCUCUUUGUUAUACUACCUUUACCUCAACUAGUAAUGUGGGUAGGGAUCCCAAUUCUAUUGGAAAAAGGAUUAACAACAACAGUGAUGACAGUUUUAUUAAUAAUAUUUUUAUUUCAAUAUCUUCCCAAAAUAUAUCACUCAAUUUGCCUCUUGAGAAGAAUGCAGAAUUUGUCUGGCUAUAUUUUUGGCACUGUUUGGUGGGGAAUUGCACUUAACAUCAUUGCUUAUUUUGUGGCAUCGCACGCUGUGGGAGCAUGUUGGUACUUGUUAGGUAUUCAAAGGGCAGCCAAAUGUCUUAAAGAACAAUGCAUAGUUACAAAAGGUUGUAACCUAAAAUUGUUGGCAUGUGAAGAGUCAAUAUAUUAUGGAACAAGUGAUUUGGUGAAGCAAAAAAAUAGAUUAAUGUGGGGAGAAACAAUUAAUGCAAGAUUAACUUGUCUUAAAAAUGAACAAAAUUUUGAUUAUGGAGCUUAUAAAUGGACUGUUCAACUUGUUACUAAUGAAAAUCGUAUUGAGAAAAUACUACUACCAAUAUUUUGGGGACUCAUGACUCUAAGUACAUUUGGAAACUUGGAGAGCACAACAGAUUGGCUAGAAGUGAUUUUCAUAAUCAUAGUUCUUACCUCUGGUCUAAUUUUGGUCACCAUGUUCAUUGGCAACAUCAAGGUGUUUUUGCAUGCAACAACAUCAAAGAAACAAUCAAUGCAACUAAAUAUGAGAAACAUAGAAUGGUGGAUGAGAAGAAGAAGGUUACCUAGAGAGUUAAAGCAAAGAACUAGAAAUUUUCAAAGGCAAAAAUGGGCUGCAAUGCGUGGUGUUGAUGAAUGUGACAUGAUUAGAAAUCUUCCUGAGGGUCUUAGGAGGGACAUCAAGUAUCAUUUGUGCUUAGACUUGGUCAAACAGGUCCCUUUGUUUCAACAUAUGGACAGUUUGGUUCUAGAGAACAUAUGUGAUCGUGUCAAGUCCUUGAUUUUCACUAAGGGGGAAACAGUAUCUAGAGAGGGUGAUCCAGUACAAAGAAUGUUAUUUAUUGUAAGAGGACACCUUCAAAGUAGCCAAUAUUUACGAGAUGGUGUCAAAAGUUAUUGCAUGUUAGGCCCUGGAAAUUUUAGUGGAGAUGAACUUUUGUCCUGGUGUCUCCGGCGACCUUUCGUCGAGCGGUUGCCACCGUCCUCCUCCACGUUGGUGACCCUCGAGACCACCGAGGCCUUCGGCCUAGAGGCCGAAGACGUCAAGUAUGUGACACAACAUUUCAGAUAUACAUUUGUGGAUGAGAAAGUGAAGAGAAGUGCAAGGUAUUAUUCACCAGGAUGGAGAACUUGGGGUGCUGUUGCUAUUCAAUUAGCUUGGAGAAGAUAUAAACAUCGUUUGACACUUUCUUCUUUGUCUUUUAUUAGACCAAGAAGGCCAUUGUCUCGUUGUUCGUCGCUCGGGGAGGAUCGUCUAAGACUAUAUACUGCGUUGUUGACUUCACCAAAGCCUAAUCUAGAUGAUUUUGAUUUUUAAUUUUUUUUUUUAAAAUAAUAAUAUAAUAAGUCAUAUGUACUUAUGUAUAUUUAUAAUUAGGUUGUGAUUAACACUUAAUGAGAUAUUACACAUGAUGGUCUCAUGAUAUACAUGAAUUUGGUUA